UAGCAAAGAAAGAAAGAACGGCGGAAAGCGAAAACAGGAAGGAAAAUCACAACGCCGCCUUCCCUAGCUUUUCAAGGUUUGAACCUCAGCCGCCUCUUUCUCUCUUAAACCCUAACCAAACCUCAUUUUUUCAGAUUCUCCAGGCUGCUGCACUCUUUAUCUCUUUACAUUAGUGUCAAAAAUGAAGGCACCAGCUCUCGCCCACCAUCACCACCUCCUCUCUGCAACUCGCAUUCCUAGGACCAACCUCAGACCCCGUACCGCCACCCCCGCUUCCACCAUCCGCAUGUCCCUCCAAGAAAAUGCCCCCUCCCUUGCUGUCGUAGGCGUCACCGGCGCCGUCGGUCAGGAGUUCCUCUCCGUCCUGUCCGACCGCGGUUUCCCAUAUCGAUCCAUCAAAAUGCUGGCCUCCAAGCGGUCCGCCGGCAAACACCUCACUUUCGAGGACAACGACUACGUUAUUGAGGAACUCACCGCUGAUAGCUUCGACGGCAUCGACAUCGCUCUCUUUAGCGCCGGAGGCUCCAUCAGUAAACAGUUUGGUCCAAUUGCGGUUGAUCGGGGCUCCAUUGUUGUUGAUAACAGUUCGGCAUUUAGGAUGGAUGAGAACGUGCCGCUUGUUAUUCCAGAAGUGAAUCCGGAUGCAAUGAAGCAUAUUAAGCUCGGGAGUGGAAAGGGGGCGCUUAUUGCCAACCCCAAUUGUUCUACUAUUAUAUGCCUUAUGGCUGCCACGCCCCUUCAUCGGUGCGCCAAGGUAGUACGCAUGGUUGUCAGCACAUAUCAGGCAGCUAGUGGUGCUGGUGCUGCUGCAAUGGAGGAGCUUGAACUGCAAACUCGUGAGGUCUUGGAGGGAAAACAACCAACUUGUAAAAUUUUCAAGCAACAGUAUGCUUUUAAUCUCUUUUCACACAAUGCACCUGUUCUUCCAAAUGGGUACAAUGAAGAGGAAAUGAAAUUAGUAAAAGAGACAAGGAAAAUCUGGAAUGACAUGAAUGUUAAAGUGACUGCCACAUGCAUACGGGUCCCUGUUAUGCGUGCGCAUGCUGAGAGUGUUAAUCUCCAGUUUGAGAAUCCCCUUGAUGAGGAUAAAGCAAGGGAUAUCCUGAAGAAUGCUCCUGGUGUGGUGGUUAUUGAUGAGCGGCCAUCCAAUAACUUUCCUACCCCAUUAGAGGUAUCAAACAAAGAUGAUGUUGCAGUAGGCAGGAUACGCCGUGAUGUUUCUCAGGAUGGAAAUUUUGGGCUGGACAUCUUUGUCUGUGGUGAUCAAAUACGCAAGGGGGCUGCACUUAAUGCCAUCCAGAUUGCCGAGAUGUUGCUGUAGUUCACUUUUGAUUCUUGCAGGGAGUUUUGUUUUAUGAAUUUAUUUAUGUGGGAGAUGAAGCAACGUUGAGCAAUAGAUUCUAUUUAUCCUCAAUGCAGAUAUUCAGAUGUGACAUGAAACGAAUUUUAGGAGUUCUUGUAGUAUUGUGCUGAAUUGUGGUUGGAUGUUUUCCACUAAAAAAGUUGUGCACAAGUUAUGCUAAUAUAAUUCUGCACUAGUAAUAAAUUAAUUUUGUUUCAUGAA